GUGUGGGAUACUGUCAGGCGCGUGCGCUGCCUGUGGGAAGGCAACAUCAACAAGGCACUGAGGGUUGACCUGAGCGUGGACAUGCUCAGCCAGGAAACCGUCACCUUCAGCGGGGACACAGCCGUCGCGCGCCUCGACAUCCAGAUGGGGCGCGGCCCGUUCGCGCCCAAGGCGACGGGGCUGGUGAAGAUCGGCGAGACUAUGACGCUGGUGGUGUCGGUGGAGGGCGACGCGGACUUCGACGUGGGCGUGCGCGACUGCACGGCGCACGACGCGUCGGGCGCCAACCAGGCUUUCAAGUUCCCCGAUGUCAUGGAUUUGACACUGGAAUGCAAUGUAGAACUUUGCAAAACAGACUGCCAAACUUGCCCAGAUGCUCAGAGCGCAGAUCCGCAGCUGCGGCGCCGGCGGCGCGACCUGUGGGCGGCGGAGGGCAGCGACGGGGCGGCCGACAACGCGACCCGCGGGGACCCCGUGCGCGUGUUCCGCUCCUUCCGCGUCGUCAGCCCCGACGACCUGCAGGACGACGCCGCGCCGCGCGCCGCCACCGUAUCAAAAGAUGCAAAAAAAGAGGAAAAGGAAUUGAAAAUAGUGAGAAAGAAGGAUAGAAAGAGAGAUGUGGAAGCGCAGACGGCGGGCAUCUGCAUGACGGUGCCGGGGCUGCUGCGACGCGGCGAUGCUGGUGCGCUGUUGCUGUCGGCGGCGCGGCGGCGCCUGCCUGUGCUGCGCGUGCUCGGCGGCGCGCGCCGUCGGCGCCGAGCGCGGCGUCCGCGCACACGCCCUACCACCCGGCCGCCGCGCCGCCCUACAUGGCCCACGCCCCGCUGCCCGCGGGCAAGGCCUAACGCGGCCCUCGGCUCCCCGCCCGCGGGCCCGCACCCACUCGCCGUCCAGCCGCCGGCUCCGCCCACGCGCCACGCGCGACUCGAUUGUUGUGAGCGGGCAGCUAAAGCAAAUGGAUAA